CGAAAGGAGUGAAAGUGAGAGAAAUGAUGAUGCCGAGGGAACUUGUACUUCCGCCUCCAUAAAUAAGUUCUAGAGACGUGUUGCGUAAUCAUCAGAAUCCUAGAAGACUUCUACACUUUGCUCAAUUUACUGGCUUGAAAGUGAAAGCUGUCAAUUCUGCGAUCAAUGUCACAAGGAUCUGAGUAGCUUCAGUUAUCGAAGUGGACAAGAAGGCACACUUGAGUAAUCUUUCUUUCCACAUGACAACAGUGUAGAUGUGGUUGAAGAUAUCAACAGGGUAGCUUUGAUCAGUUCACAGAAGGAAAGUGUAUGGCUACCGAGGAAACAAAGACGCCGGGAUUGCUUGCGACAAGUGGAGGAGAAGCUGAGAAUGGAGACAUCAUCGACCCAAGGACCUCUGUGGUGACUGAACUGCAGCUUUCAGACAUAAGUGAUGACGUAGGUACUUGCUGGCGUGAGUUGGGACCAAAGCUUGAUAUCCCUUCAGCAAAGAUCCAAAACCUGGAUAACGAUUAUUACUGUAGUCGCGACAAAGCAAACGCCUUACUCCUCAUGUGGAAACAGAAGGAAGGGAGCAGUGCAGUGAUAGGGCGUUUAGCGGAUGCUUUAGCAAGCAUUGAGAAAAAAUGCAUAGCAGAAAAGCUUCUUGGAGUGGAUGAUGAAAAAUUGCCGAUGUGUAGAAACAUUCCCAAGGGUCACGUUAUCAGUUUAACAGUUAUUCAUGACCUGGGUGUGGGGCUUGAUAAGAGUUUGGUGUGCGAAGAUGCGCAAGGAAAUAAAUUCAUGGUAAAGGCAUUCAAUAGCAGUGAAAAUUUUUUGAAAUUGGAAGAGCAGACACUUGUGAGUAGGAGGUUCUUAGAGACUGUUGUUGACGAAAAGAAGGAAAGCCUAAAGCGAUAUAUUUCAGCACAACUUCAGGACCAGAGGCUCCAAAUAAAGAAAGAGAAAUCAGCUCGUGGAGAUGUAAAUAUGAGGAGGAAGAGGAUUCAACAAAUGAUGAAAGCGUGGAGCAAUCGCUUCUGUCAUAAACCCAGACAUUUUUCAGAAAGCGACCCACCAAAAGGGAUUGGAUCGAAGAAUCCCUUGUUGAGGCUGAGAUCGGGAGAUAAAGAAGCUUGCGUCCUCCUGUCAAUCUCAAAACCCUCCAGCGAUGAAGAAUAUCAAAGCAAAGAUUCGGGAGCAGGAAAAAAACACAGAAGAACUCAUCAUUGUUUACAAAAAAAAAAUUGAUUAGCAUAACCUCUUUUAUAAGACGCCCUCUGCGAAAGGCAAAUUUAAACAGACGAAUUUGCCUUUCUGGCUUUAGUUGUAUUUGGCAAGUUUAAUAUAAACGAAAAUUCGUGAGCACACGAAAAACCAUUUAACCGAUCAGCUUUCAGUAUUUUCUUUGGAUAAUAGGAGUGUUCGAGGAUUCACGAUACCUCGAGAUAGAACUCUUGUCUAAUUUGAUGGUGAAGUGCUAUUUCUCGAUUAUCCAAUGCAAUUUCAUUUUGAGACAUUACAAGUGUCUCC